AUGACACAAGCACUGAGAGAAUAUAUUCCCACACCUAUUUAUGAAUUUUCUAAACAACUGAACCACAGUGAAGUUGUAAGCUUAAUCAUGACAAGCAAUCUUUAUAAUGCCAUGAGAUUGCUGGAUUUAUUUUGUGCAAAGUUUGCGGAGCAGAUACGAGGAAAGUCACCAGAACAACUUAGAGAUAUGUUUGGAUUGCAAAAUGACAAGGAAGCAUUACCUUCAAGCCCUACAACAUCCACAACAACCACGACAUCAUCAGCCCCUACAAUGUCCGGAACCAAAUCAAAUUCUCAAUUACCUCAACCGCCAUCAUCAUCGGCCAAGUCUUCUCUCAAAGAAACGUUGAAAACGAUCGGAAUUUCAGUGGGAGUCUCGGUUUUGAUGAUUACCUUGUAUCAUCAGUUUUAUAUGAGUAAAACUGUGGAGGAUGUUGAGAAUGUUCGGAGCUAUAUUGCUAAAAUUAAGGCUCCGUUGAAUACCAUUUUGGAAAAGACCAAGUCGAUUGGUGUUUCUUCCUUGUUUCAGAAAACCAAAUAA